CCGUCGUCGUGCACGGGUAAAUACGCCUUUGCUCGCGCAACGAUCGUCGCGAUCUCUGCAUUCCGCAAGAGGAACGGCACACGCGCACCGCCCGGUCCGUCGCAUCGUCGUGAGUCAUUGUUAUGUUGACACUCGUAGCGGGCGGUAGUCGGUUACCUCGUGCACGGUGGUGCCUGUUAUUCCCGCGAUAAAUCGUACCAAACGUCAGAUACUGACGUGUAUUCUGCGUUGAUCCGCGAUCAACCAAGUGCUGUUCGAUAGUUGUGAUAGCGCGAUAUAUCGAGUGUGACGAAACGUGCUCGUCAAGUACAAGGAGACCCAAUCACCGUUGCUGGAUUUUUGCGUUUAAUCGCGCGCGCGGUUAUAUAAUCGCCGCAGCGCGGAGCAAAGUGUCUGCAAGAGUAGUUGACGUAGACAGAAACAGAGGAGAAGAGAGAGAAAGAGAAAGAGAAAGAAAAAGCGAAAGAAGGAAGAGGAGAAACAAGAAAGAAGUUAGAUACAUCAUCAGCUACACUUAUGUGUAGCUUAGAAUAACGUGUAUAUAUUUAAUUAUAUAUGCACUGAAGAGUAGGAAGUUGGAAACUGCAAGGAAGUUUUUCGUUUGUUGCUCUUCGGAUCCGAUAAGCGAGCGGCGGGGAUCGUUCGCUCCAGAGGCGAAAAGCAACGGUCAUUGACGAGGGAGAACCUCGGUAUUCCGUCGAACGAUUAGUUUAUCAGCCAGGCGGUAUCCAUGGUGCGAAGCCUGACGAUGGAACCGACGUUCUAUGAGGACGCGAGCGUUUACGGCGCGAUGAACGGUCGCGAGAACAGCAUGGGCCAUCUUAAGCGGAAUCUCACGCUCGAUCUGAACGGUUGUCAGAGGCAGGGACCACAAGCAAAGAGGCCGCGAUUGGGUCCGCUGCCACCCGCACUCAACAAUGUCACGCCGAUCCUGAGUUCGCCGGAUCUCAACAUGCUGAAGCUGGCCUCGCCGGAACUGGAGAAGUUCAUCAUGACACAAUCGGACAGUCUGGUCACCGGUCUCCCAACACCUACCACCCAGAUUCUGUUUCCUAAGACGGUUACCGAAGCUCAGGAAUUAUACGCGCGCGGCUUCGUCGACGCGCUCAAUGAACUACAUCACUCUGACAGUUCGCAGGAACCCGGCAGCAUGCAUGGCGCGACUUAUACAACUCUGGAACCACCCAGUAGUGUGCAGAGUACAGAAUCCACCAUGAGCAAUCCGAACCUGGUACAAGUGAAGGAUGAACCGCAGACGGUACCGAGCGUGUCGAGCACACCACCGAUGUCGCCGAUUGAUAUGGAGAACCAAGAGAAGAUCAAGCUGGAGAGGAAGCGACAGAGGAAUCGCGUGGCCGCCUCCAAGUGCCGACGGCGCAAGCUCGAGCGCAUCUCCAGGCUCGAGGACAAGGUCAAACUGCUCAAAGGCGAGAACAGCGAAUUAAGCACCAUCGUGCACAAGCUCAAAGAACACGUGUGCCGACUCAAGGAGCAGGUUAUGGACCACGUGAAUGCCGGCUGUCACAUUGUGCCUGGCCAAUACUGAAGUUUCUCAAUCGCCCCCUCCCUGUCCCAGGGAUGAAACUGCGAAUGACAAUGCUCGCUCCUUUUUCGAUCACUCUCCCGCCGGAUCGCGCUCUUCAUCAUCAUCUUGCCUUUCGUAGUUCCACCAAGCAAUGGACAUUGAACUUUCGCAACAGCUGUUAAUGAUCGUCGUUCGAAUUUGUUCUUCCGUGAUUAUAAUCGGGAAGAAUUUCCACUAUGUGAAUAUAGGCCUAUAUUUCGCAUAUGAAAAUGUUCUUUCUCUUUAUUUUAACCUCAACAAGAUGUAGAAUAUAUUCUUUCCCUUUAAUAUGAGAAAGGAACUAAACAGUUCUACAAAAAGCAAAGUCCAUCUCUGUCUGCUGAUAUUGCUAAUGGAAAAGUUCGGGACACGCACACACACAGAAGAAGCGCUAUCGCUAAAAAAAACAGAGUGUCUCCAUUGCCAUUCCGGAAAGAACCUUCGUAAAAGAAAGAGGGGAGAAGGAGGAAAGAAGUCAGUCCAUGGUCUACCACGUUUACAGUUUUGUCUUGAUUCUUUUGUGACAUGACUGGGAGGAGACACCAUGGCGCGACGGAACAGCAAGCAGCAGGCGGAGCGGGAGAAGGAGGUGACGGUCAAAGUGGAGAAGGAGGAAGGAGUGCCUUCGUAUAGACGUGAAACGUAAAGAAUGCUUUUAGAGAAGAGUGGCAGGCGUGCGCGCGUGCGUGUUUUGCGCAUGCGAGAGACAUUAUACGCACGAACACGGUUGACGAAUGCGUGCGUACGUGCGUGCAUGUAUGAGAGGAAAAAAGAGCGAGUCCGUGUCUGAGAGAGCGAAAGAGAGAGUGUAUACGCGUGUAAAAGAGAGAGAGAGAGAGAUCGCGCGUGGUAGCGCGAGAGGGGAGAGUAUCUCGCGACAGCCAUUUUAGAGAACACGCGAGAACCGGCGGGAGAUACGAAUCUCUCUAACCGGAGGUUGAAAUUCUUUUACUCUUCCCGUGUUGUUAUCGGAGAAGUCCCAAUCUUUGCGACUUUCGGAUGUCCCUUUGUAUUUUAGAACGUAAUCGAUUUCUCGUUCGAUCGCAUUAUGUAAAUAUCUUAUCUACCUUGAUGAUGAUUUGUAAAAUAACUCCUUUCUUUCUUUCUCGGCACUGAACGACAGCGCCGAUUUUCUUCUUGCAGACUCGCAAUUUCGCGUCGACUUUGCAUUGUAAAUUUCGAUACGAGGCGUUCGCUUUGCGAGUGACGUAUGUCAACUUUUCAAAUUUCCUUGAUACAGAUAGUUGCUAUCAGUCUCGAAUAUUAAAAACGCGAAGUAUCUUUUAUAUCGUGAGAGAAAUUUUCGAAUCACGAUGACUCUUUAAGUAAACGCCUCGUGCAAGUUGCGAGGAUUGCAUAUUUUGUCGAAUAUCUCGAUCGUGUUUCUUAUCGCUUUUUUUCUACUCGGACGAUAUAUAACUCAUGGAUUAGUCAGAAAGAAAGAUUUUAACUUUUUUGCCGCGAUUGUGCUGAGAAUUGUGCGACGGACUAUUUGUGAUAAACGCAAUCAAACCGGGAGAUCAUGUUUGCCUUGUACCGAAUGCACUUUCGAGAGACUCGAGCAUUCCGCUAGUUUUGGAAACUUCUACAUACUUUGGUGCAUACAAAUUGACAAAUUAAUUCUAAGGAGUACGGUGCUGUAUUGUAGCUGCGCAAGAACGUGUAUUAGGGCGGUAUGUUAUAAUGACGCGUGUUCUAAACGUAUCGGAUGUCAGAAUCGAUCAAUGACAAUUGAGCAAUUCUAAAAGAAUGAAUUAGUUUAUUGAUCAAUGCUGUCUUUUUUUUAAAUAUUAUAUAUGCUUUUAAAUUUUAACAAUAAUAAUUUAUCUUAUAUGAUUCUCUAUUAUGCAAAUUAAAUCUUAAACAAUAAAACGAAGCAUUAUAACAUAUUUUUUGGAGGGAUUGAAAAGAAGGAAAGUAUAUAUAAAAUGUAUAUAUAAAGAGACGCAAUUUUUGUAUCAAAUUUAUAUAUAUAUAUAUAUAUAUAUAUAUAUAUAUAUAUAUAUAUGUAUGCAUAUAUACAUAUAUAUGUAAAAAAUUUUAGAUUGUUACAAAUGUAAAAAAUAUGUAAAAAAUUGUUUUUGUAUAUUCCAUAAAUAUUUUUAAUUAAUCGAUUUAAAAGAUUAUUUAAAUAAAGAUACAUAUAAUAUAUCUGCAUAGAGUGCAUAUUAAGAAAAGUAUCGCCAGAAGACGCGUUCACUAUAACCUCGCCCGUGCACCCAAUUAAUGUUGUCCGAUUCUUCGAUAUUUUUCCGACGUGCCUCGAUGUCGUUUCGCAAACAAUUCAUUAAUUGGAUUGCAUCGAAAUGACCUCGUUUUUGAACUCCGCUUUUGAAAGAACUAGCGCUAUUAAGGCUGUACAAAUAGAAUAGUGUCCGGGAGCAGUCGGAACUUGUCAAAGAAUCUUUAUCCUGAGCAAGAAAGAUUGAACGAUAUAGGCUUGUGGUAAAGGAUUCUUUAAUUAUAUGACAUGCUUUUAUUAAUCGGAUUAAACGCUGAUUACUGACGUAUAUAAAGGGUUGCGGUCGAUCAUGUAUAAAUAUACGAUUAGGCGAUCAUGCUUAUAUUAUUGUUAGUACAUGAGAUAUUCGAGAAAUUGGUUUUAAUUAAUCCAUCGACUGUAUUUUAUUCAAUAUAAUUCAUUUUUAUAUAAAAAAUUCAUUAUAGUUAUAUAUACAUAUUUAUAUAUAAUUAUGAAUAUA